AUGAUAAGAGGGAACUGGAGUCUAGCUCAAGAAUUCAAGCAAAAUGAGAGAAAGCAACAGCUCAAAGUACAGAAAAGGCAAAAACAUCAACAUAAGUUAGAGAAGCUAAAGAACAUUGAUCCAAUAAAACUAUUUCAUAGAAUUGAGAAUUUAAGAAAUAAAUCAUCAAAAACAGACAAUGAUAUAGAGUAUUUGUCCAAACUCGAAGAGGACUGGUCGUUCAUUGAAAAAAAUGACUUACACAGCAACAAAGUGAAGGAAAUACUCAGAGAUCAACAAAAGAAACUAAAGUUGAAACAAAAGGAAGAGACUACGUUAUGGGGCAAGGAUUCAAUUUAUUUUAAUCCCGAAUUAAAUCCUUUAGGUAAAGUCCCACAGGUCGAGAGUUUGGGCUUUAAAUUAAGUCAGCCUUUAAAAAACUUGAAAAUCAAUCAACUCAAAAAGGUCAAGAAAUAUGAAUAUGAUCCAUUAAUUGAAAAAUUAGGUGUUAGAUUACCUGAUGGUCAACCUCCAAAAUUUUACAAAUAUGUACAAAACACCAAAAAGCCAUCUAAAAGAAAUCAAAAAUCCAUGCAAGACGAAUUGAAACUAAAUACGGAUAAUCUGCUAGAAAUAGAAGGAAAUACCGAAGAACCAUUUUACAAGAAACAAAAAGGGUAG